AUGUUUGACGAUGCGGACGGUGCGAAUGGGUCCACGCUGCCGGACUGGUGUCUGGGGUGGUGGGACGUACAUGUCGUUGCCGCCUUCCAGGAGCGAAGGAGGAGGCAGAAUUUCUGCGACAAGAUCGAAAGAGGCAUCCAAAAUGGACAGCAGGUGGAGCUGUGCUGCACUGGUGCCAGCGGGCUUGCUGUUUCCAGCUACUACCAGGUGAAUGCUGAAGCCAAAUUCAGACCAGCGUCCAAGGACGAAAAUUGCAUUGUCUCGCUUUCCUAUGCAUCGGAAUCGGCAGAUGCUGAAGACCUGGUGGCUGUGAGCUUUGGUGUGUCAGAGGUUGCCAAGUCAGCCAGUACAAAGGUGUUCAUGCAAGGUCCAGUCGCUCUGACGAGUAGAUGA